AUGUUAAAACAUAUUUCCAUGGGAAACGGGAUGAAUGGUAGUAAUUCUGGAGAAAGGACCAACCAUUCCGUAGACUCGUAUUCAUCAGAAAGAAAUUUAGAAGGAAGUCAUUUAGAUAGAACAUUUAUUGACAGAUCGCAAAAUUCAAAUCAUUUGGAUAGGAGCAAUCACGUGGUUUGUUCGAGUGGACCUUAUUUAAUUAACGGUCAUAUACCCGUGGGUGACGGUAUGGGGCCUAGAAUACCAAACGGACACAUACACACUCCACAAUCCUCGCAACCUUUGAACGUGAGCGCGCAAAGGAUAAAUCAUACUCAUGCACUCAGCACGUUAAGCACAUCCAAGCAUUCACUCGGGGGUGGAACGUCGAGUAGCGUGAGCCCCGUCGUCGGUACUCACAGCACUGGUAUCGGUCCUGCUCCGACCCUUAAGGUAGCCAACGGAGGUAUUAAUAUUUCACGUCCGACCAAUACGAGCCUAUCGAGGUCUCCAAACGGAAGUAUACUCCUUCCUUCGAACAUAACCAACUUCAUAUCCAAGAGUAAAGAGGCUGGAGUUAAGGAAAUGCUCACUUCGUUGGGUCUUUUAUGUUUAGUUUCCCUUUUAUUUGCACUUCUUUCGUUAAUAUUUCUAUUAAAGAUAACACCCGUGUCAUCGGGUGAAAUAAAAGACUUUUUAAGAACCGAACAACUGACAAUAAUAUCACCCGAAGAAUAUGUUAUAGUGUACGAAAUCACUCUCGCGUUGUGUUCUCUUACGUUAAGUUUGAAUUUGUGUUGUUUGCUCGUGUGUUCCGUACAAUUUCUCUUCGCUGUGAAAUUAGUCAAAGCCUCGGAAAAUGGAGAAAGAACUAAUAAAUAUUUACAAAAAAGCAAUACGACAAGAAUAUGUGCAGUGGGUGGUUUUUUUAUAUCGAUUCCAGUUUUUUUAACAGGAAUAAUAUUGUACACAUUUAUACAAUUUCAUUCGACGCCGGCAAUAAUAACAAGUUCUCUUAUCGGAGCUGGAAUCGUUUUUUGCGGUUGCGCCAUGGUACACAACGUCUUAAUCUGGCAAAUAGAAAAGACAAACGCGGUGAGAGCUUUGGCAAGACAAACGCAAUCCGCGAGAUUAGCAGCAACAUCCGGUAUGAAUUUAACGAGGACGACUCCAGAAGAAUUUUUAAACGGUGGACAAUUUUCCAAAAUAAAAGAUCAUCACAGCAUUCACAGUUCUGGAAUUCCACAAGCGACGAUGGAUCUCAGCGGAGUAGCACACGAAUUAUCAACUCUAGUUUAA